CCUAAACCCAAUCUCGCGCCAACCACUCUUCCAUCUGGCGGUGCGCCACGGAGAGACCCUAGGAGAAAAGGGGACCGGAGUUUUCCCUCGAGCAAAUCGCCUUGCAGCGACGUUUCACCCCCGACUGUGGAGUAACCCGACCCUGUUAUUAGUAGUGAUCACUUAUUACUUAUUACUUAUUAGUAGUAGUGCUUGCUGCCCGUAUGCGCGUUUAAAAGGCGGGGCCUUCGCUGCCCUGAAAUCACUGGCUUCUCUGUGUAUUUUUUUCUCUUCUUGGCCGUCGCGUUGCCCCCGGCUAUCCUCUCUUUUUCUUUUUUGUUUUUCUUUCUUUUUGAUUUUUUUACCGGCCCAGUUGCCCCUUCAUUUGUCCGGUGUCGUGUCUGUCUGUAGGUAGGCUGUGUGUAUGUUGGAUGCUCUGCCCUCUGCUGUCUCCCGCCGAGCACCCGGAGAACACCCCGUGACUAAUUAGACAUCCAUCGGCAGUGAUCGGAUUCCGAUUACCCCUCGACAUCAUGCGGCCGACAGAACUCUUCGUGGGUUCCAUCGUCCAGGGAACGACCGAGUCCAAGUUUGUUGUCGUCAAUCGUCUCGGGGAAUCCGUUGCCUCGCAUCAAGUCCCGAUUACCCAGUAUUACCCACGACCAGGAUGGCACGAGCUGGACCCGCUGGAACUGGUUUCCUCCGUCGAACACUGCAUCGAUAAGGCCAUCAAGAAAUACGAAGACAAGGGCCUCGUCCUAAACAACAUCAAGGGGAUUGGCAUUGCAAACCAGCGGGAGACGACCGUGGUCUGGGAUUCUGUGACCGGAGAGCCUCUCUACAAUGCCAUUGCCUGGUCCGACACCCGGUCCAUCGACAUCGUCCGCGAGUUGAAGCAGAAACCCGAAGCCGGACAAUUGCAGCAGAUCUCCGGCCUGCCUCUCUCAACAUACCCUUCCGCCAGCAAGCUUCUGUGGCUGCUUGCCAACGUCCCAAAGGUCAAGGAGGCGUAUGAGCAAGGCUCGCUGGCCUUUGGCACCGUGGACACAUGGCUCGUGUUCCGUCUGAACGGCGGCCCGAAAGCGAAUGUCUUCGUGACGGACUCGACAAAUGCCUCUCGCACCAUGUUUAUGAAUCUGAAGAAGCUGGAAUAUGACGAUUUUCUUCUCAAUUUCUUCGACAUUAAGGGCAAGGUCCAUCUCCCCCGGAUUGCCCCUUCAUCCGAUCUCAAUGCCUACGGCAGCAUCACCUCCGGUAUUCUUGCCGGCACUCCCAUCUUGAGUUGUUUGGGAGACCAGUCGGCAUCCUUGGUUGGUCAGAUGGGCUUCUCUCCCGGAAUGGCUAAGAACAGCUAUGGAAUGGGAAGCUUCACGCUCUACAAUGUCGGUUACAAGCCCGUCGUCUCCCAGAACGGUCUCCUAGGUACUGUGGCCUACCAAUUCGAUGGCAAGGCUGUAUAUGCGUUGGAAGGCAGCGUGGCAGUGGCUGGAUCGGCCAUCGAAUUCCUCCAGAGCAACUUCGAAUUCAUCAAGCACCCCGAAGACAUUAAUGCCCUAGCCCAAACUGUGGACGACAAUGGUGGCGUCGUCUUCGUCACCGGCUUCAGCGGUCUCUAUGCCCCGUACUGGGUUCAUGACGCGAAGGGCACUCUGCUCGGACUCACCCUUUCCACCAAGAAAGGCCACAUUGCGCGAGCCGCUUUGGAAGCCGUCUGCUUCCAGACAAAGGCCAUCCUGGAGGCCAUGGAGCUAGACAGUGGACACAAACUCUCCGAGUUGGCUGUCGAUGGAGACAUGGCUGCCUCAGAUCUUGCUAUGCAGAUCCAAGCGGACUUGAUCAACAUCCCCGUGCACCGCACUAAAUCGCCUGAAAUUGUCGCCCUUGGCGCCGCCAUUGCUGCUGGAUUGGCUUUUGGUUUAUGGCGCAACUUCGAGGAAAUGCAAGGAAUCAACCACGCCGGAAAGUCCACCUUUGAACCGCGCCUCACUCGAGGACAGAGUGCCGAACAGUUCUCCCAGUGGGACAAGGCUGUGCGGAUGAUCAAGACGUGGUCCGAGGAUAAGACUCCGGUACACGUCCACAUCCCGCCUGAGAGAGAGGAGGGAGAUGAUGAAAGCGCAUCCAACGCCAACAGCUCAAGGGUAACCGAGGAUAUCAUCGGAAUGAAUACGCAUGAAGUUGGUCUCUCGAGCGACUUUGACGACCUUGCUGAAGACGACGAGGAUGACCUGAUGAUGGAGAUCCGGAAGAUCGAGAUCAUGCAGAAGCUGAAGAAAAUGAAGAAGGGUAAAGCCCAGUCUCCUUUUGUUAUUUGAGCGAUUCGAUUGUUUAUGACGUUGUAUUUCCCCCCCCUUCUUCAUCCACUUUCAACACCUUUACGCCCAAUUUCCUCGAUACCUUUCCUCAUCCUUCUUGGUCUUCCUCUUUCCUCGCCUCGUGCAUGUAUGUAUGGGUCUACAGCACAUACACUGCCUCGUAUAUAUAUGCCCAAGCAACUUGAACAUUUCUUUUUCUUUAACCCGUAUAGCCCUUUCGGACUAUUCACAUUUACCCUUUGUCUUUCUGCCUGGAUAUGGAUAUAUUCUACGCACCCCCUGUCUUGAGGAUACAUUCAAUUUUGGGCCUGACCAUGUCGUCCGCGAGGAUGCCCAUAUGAAGUUGUCACUGUCACGCCUGGUAAUGCGAUGGGAAAAUAAAAUAAAAUACAGUACAUUGGUUGUCUCGGUAGAUCUGAUACGCAGAAAUUAAAUUGGAAAUAUUAAUUAUCUAUCGGCG